CAAGGAGUAUCUUAUUGUCAAAAAAUCCAAAGUGGGUCGGAAAUUCGUUUGGAGUCUGUUUCAGAAAAAUAAACGUAAUUAGUUUGAUUAAUCGAUAAAGGAGUCAACCGUGAUAUUGGCUGUUUGGGUCAAGCUGUGAGAUGGAUUUACAAAUAGCCAUUGGUUGAUGUCAUCUCCCUUUAUAGCAUUUUUGCUAUAGCAGAAGCAAGUAGGAGUGCAUGCAAGAGCACUCCUGCUUUCCUUAUCUAUUGUAAAUAGACCGUUGAUAAUAAACAAUGGUGUUUGAAAGCGUAUUAACUCAGGUAUUAAACCGCUUCCUUGGUGCCUAUGUAGAGAAUUUAGACACAAAUCAACUAAGAGUGGGAAUAUGGGGAGGCGACGUCGAAUUAAAGGAUUUGGUUUUGAAGCAGUCCGCUUUAGACGACUUGGACCUCCCUCUUCAAACUAUCUACGGCAGAAUAGGGAAGCUAGUUUUGAAAAUACCGUGGAAGAAUUUAUAUGGGGCUGCUUUCGUUAUAAACAUUGAAGAUAUCUAUCUUCUUGCAGCCCCAAACCAACAAGUUAUCUACAAUGAAGAGAAAGAAGAAAUCAAAAAGUCGGAAGCCAAGAAACGAGAGAUUCUUAAAGUUGAAUUGGCGAAAAAACAAGAAGCUGACAAGGACAAACCUAAAGCUGACAACACAUUUGUGGAGAAAUUAGUGACACAAAUCAUCAAAAAUAUCCAAUUAAAUAUCAAAAAUAUUCAUAUUAGGUAUGAGGAUAAGGUCACAAGUCCUACACCUUUUGCGUUAGGAAUCACACUGAGUGAUUUACAUGUUGUGAGCACUGAUGAGAACUGGAAACCUGCCAUAACGAAAGAAGAUAUCACAAAGAUCUUUAAAAUUGUUACACUGGAUGGUUUAGCGAUUUACUGGAAUUCAAACACCGCUUGCUACGAUGGACUCCCUAAAGUCGACAUGUUACACAAAAUGUGUACAGAAAUUGCAUCAAAAAAUAAUACACCCAUUAAUUACAAGUAUGUUUUGGGACCAAUCAACGCCUCGGCUCGCCUCCGCAUCAACCAGCGCCCUGAACUCGACAAACCCGCUUUCACUAUUCCCAAAAUCCACUUAAAUCUCGACAUGGAACGCCUUUUCGUUGGCAUAACCAAAGCCCAAUAUCGCGAUAUUAUAGCUCUUGGUGAUUCCAUGGACCGCAUGAUGAAGGGAACCCCCUACCGCAAAUUCCGCCCCAACGUGCCUUCCUACAAAGGCAACUACAAAACGUGGUGGCAUUUCGCGUACAAUUGCGUGCUGGAAGGCGAAGUCAGGCGGAGGAGACGCAAUUGGGAUUGGAACCACAUUUGCAAACAUCGCGAUUUGUGUCGGGAAUAUGGGACUCUAUACGAGAAAAAACUGCAAAAUAAGGCGACCAGUGAUGAGUUGAGUCGUAUCGAAGAGUGCGAGAAAGUGAUCGAUGUCUUCAAUAUUGUUAUUAUAAGACAGAGGGUUGAGUUUGAGAAUGAGAGACGGGUGAAGACUAAAGGGCCAGAAAAGGGUUGGUUUGGGUGGAUGUGGGGGAGUAAAACUUCAAUCGAUUCGGAUAGUCUAGAGUCUGAUAGUGGCACCGAACUCAGGAAACAAUUCCAAAAUGCGAUGACCAAAGAGGAGAAAGAACGGCUGUAUAAGGCUAUAGGUUAUCAGGAAAAUGCGUUACCGUCUGAGUUUCCUGAGGCUUACGUCGACAAUUCAUGCACUUUUAUUCUACGAACGCUUGAAGUCGAAUUAAGUGACGACUCAGGAAACGUCAAAAGGGUUGUUUUUACUGAACUUAAAGGGGUCAAGUGUCGCGUGGACACCAGAGCGGCGGCCAAUGCCUUAAAGCUUCAUGUCAAAAUCGAUGAGUUCCAAACGUUUGGUCUCCAACAAGACGAUUUUUUGCCGAAAAUAAUCACCUCAGAGACUGGAAAAGACGACAGUGGGUUGCUUCAAGUGCUCUUCGAGACCAAUCCUCUCGAUAAAAAAUGCGGUCAAAGACUGCAUGUCACCUCCCAACCGCUUAAAAUCGUCUACGAUGCACAAACUGUCUUGAAAGCGAUUGAAAUUUUCAAAGUUCCGUCUUCGUCAGCUUUGGACCAGAUUUCGGCAGCGGCCGAUUCCGGUCUUUCUAAUAUGAAAGAAAUGACUUCGAGUGGUCUCCAGCACGCGAUUGACACCCACGUUCAUCUCGAUCUCAAAGUAGAUUUUCGUGCCCCUUACAUUAUAAUCCCCUAUGGAGGGAAAUACACCGAAAAUGAAAAUGUCCUAGUGGUCAAUUUAGGUAAUUUCCAAAUGCACUCACUUGAUCGGCCGCCAAGGAGGGAUGUGAGGCAGAUGUAUGCCGAAGGGUGCGACGAGAAGGAGAUUUUGACACAGCUGAUGGCUCAAAGUUACGAUCAGUUUGCGUUGGAAUUGACUCGAGUGCAAAUUCUAAUCGCACAAAGUGAUGAAGACUGGGAAGUUCACGUGAGUGAGGUGAAGACCAGCGAUAUGCACAUUUUAGAACCAAUUAAUUUGAAAGUCAAUCUCGCAACUUGUAUGAUCACUGAUGAUCCAAAGUUGCCACAUAUGAAGAUUUCAGGGGAAUUACCCUCGAUUAUUGUUAAUGUUUCUGAUGCCCGAUUGUUACUACUGAUGGCGUUGGGGAAUAGCAUUCCUUUACCCCAAAGUGACAUUCCGGAACCUACACCUUUAGCGAAAGUUGCAAAACGGGAGUCGAGCAUGAUGUUGAGAUAUUUGGAAAUGCAAGAAAAAGCGUCGAAAACACAAACUCUGCUCCCCUCCACAGCGAAAAAAACCGACGACCAAUUGGUACAAUUCACGACGCUAGAGAUACAUUUUGCAAUGUCCGAAUUAUUACUCAACGUGAAGCAUCAAAGCGAUAUUGCGUCUCCCAUCACAAACAUCGCUUGUUUCAGUGUUAAAUCACUCGAGCUUGGUUUGGUGCAACAAACCUACAAUACGAAAAUCACUCUAGAUUUGGGUGGUGUCAGUCUGAUUCAAACACACGACUCGAAAGAAAUCAAAAUGAUAAGUUCGCCGAGUUUCGAAGAGGAUGAACAAUACCUCUUCCAAAUUAAAUUCACUCAGGUUAACAAAAAUUCACCCGAGUUUCACUCGACUUACAAAUCGUGUGAGGCAAGUCUUGCGUUGGAGUUUGCAAAACUUGGGAUUAUUUUGCACAAGGAGGGUUUGCUGUCCUUGAUUCAGUUUGCAACGAGUCUGCAGACUGAGAUUGAUGAUAUUUGGGGGAGUAGACCGGUUGAGAGGGUCGCUUCGACUCAUACACCAAGUUUUAAGAGCCAGUUGUCGACGAUAAGUGAGGGAUUGGGCUCCCAAUUGGCCCCUCAAGAAAAAAAGAGGAAACAUAAGGAAACCAAGAUUGUCGUUGAGACCAUCAAGUUUAAAUUAUCGGCGAAUGUGCAAGAAGUGAACGUUGAAUUCGCGACUGAACACGAAAGGAUUUCGUUUUGGGCCCUUAAGGGCGUACACUCGAACAUCAUCGUCAAGGAGCCCUACACGCAAAUCAACGCCAACUUGAAUCAAAUCGUUGUAGUUGAUUUGAAUCCGAAAACGAUUCACAACUUGAUUUUGACUGUCGAAGGGACUGAAGCUUUAUCAACCCGUAUCGUGUUAUACAAUCUCGAUAAAAUGUCCGAAAGUGAUAAGUCGGAUAUCUCAGUCGAUUUGACAAUGGGUGGUUUGAGGAUAAUCUUCCUCAAUUGGUUUGUGACCCGAAUGUUGGACUUUUUGAACGAAUUCCAAACCGCCCAAGCUGCUAUAAUCGAAGCCUCUCAAGCGGCUGCGAAAACAGCCAAAGAGAACAUGCAAAAUGUUUACGAAAAAGCAACGAAAUUAUCACUCAGUAUCAAUCUCAAAGCCCCCGAUAUAAUAAUUCCCGAGAAUUCGAAAAGUUACGACGCUAUUUUGCUGGAUUUGGGUCACAUUUCCAUUUCCAAUCAAUUCCUAACUAUGGAUAUCAGGAACGAACAAAAUUUUUCGGCUGUUAUCGACGAAAUGAAGCUAAAUCUUACGGACAUGAAGUUGUCACGCGUUAAAUUAACCACGCGUGACGAAAUUGAUAAAGAAUUAACACUUUUGGUGCCUUUGACGUUUAAAUUGACCAUUAAGAGGAAUCUAUCGACUUCAUGGUACAAAGCGGUGCCCGAUAUUGAUAUUACAGGUCGCAUUUUUUCCAUUACGGUUCUACUAAGCCAACUUGAUUAUAAAACAAUCAUGAGUGUCCUCAAUGGUAAUUUAAGUGAAGGGCAGAAAAAAGGAGCUCCGGCUAAACAACCCCCCAAAGAAGUAAUUGAAGGGACGAAGGUGAUUUCUGAUGACAAAGCCUUAAUCACGAUUCAUGAAAAACAAUCGGGGCACGAGGAAAAGGACGCAAAAACGAACACGUUCUUGCGUUUGACUUUUACAAUGGAUAAUCUCGUGAUGACGCUAUUCACCGGUGGUUCAAAAGCGUUGUCCAGUGAUUCGCCGGCUCACGACGAACGCCACGCCUUGGCUCGUUUCUCAUUGGAGGGAGUUUCGGUGAAAGUUCGAAUGUUGACAGAUAAUUCGAUGAUAGCGUCGUUCCUACUUCUCAACUGCCUUCUUGACGAUAUGAGAGUAGGGCGUGAAGGGAAAUUAAAUCGUCUUGUACAAAGGAGUCAAGACUUUGGAGCAGCACCGUCGGUUAGUAUGGUUUCGAUUUCGGAAACUUCCGCUUCGAAAAGUAUGAUCGAUAUUGUUGUCCAAAUGAAAGACAAAGAUAUUUUCACCGACGUGAGGGUGUAUAGUUUUACCCUUAUUUUAUCCGUCGAUUAUCUUAUGAAAAUUGCUGACUUUUUAACGAUUCCACAAGAAGAAGUCAAAGAAGCGCCAAAAGCUAGUAAGAGUAACACGUCGACGAAAUCGGCAAUUUCUUCCGGAAUGAUGGAAAUGGAGGAAAAAGCGUCCCAAAUUACCCUCAAUUUGAAGAUCGAGAAACCGGAUAUUGUGUUGGUCGAGCAUAUGGACAGUAUCGACACACAAGCCAUGAUCUUAAAUAGCGAAGUGGUAAUGAAAUUACGUAUGUCGGGCGAACACCAAGUCAUAAAUGGUUCGAUUAAAGAUUUACAAUUGUAUACUUGUAACUACAACCAACUGAAACGAAUUGAUACUAAAAGUAACGUUUUGCAUCCUGUUACUAUAAGUCUCGCAGGAUCGACGCCUGAAAAUAAAGGACUGCAUCUCGAGCUUUUAGUCACUGAUAUUCGUCUCAGUGUCUCACCUGCCACCAUAGAACUGUUGAGUAGAGUUACAGCAACUGCGACCGGAAGCAGUGCUGAACGAACAAGUGAAGAUGAAGAAUUACAAGACCAUUCCGAUGUGUGGGAACACAAAUCGUUUGAGGAUGAGGAUUACUGGUUUUUCAGAAAUGAUGAGGCGGUCGAAGCGACCGAAGCCUUGAGCAUCUCAUCAUCCAUCGUCCCGAAGUCCCCCAACAAAACCCAAGAAAUGUGCAUAAUCUCAAUGCCUUCAAUAAUCCUAACAAUCGAAGCUGGUGUCGGCAGUAAAACCUUCCCAAUGCUAGUCCUCGAAAGCAGUCUCAAAGGCCACGUAAACAACUGGAGUUCGCAAUUGAGCGUCGAAGCCGGCUUAACCCUUCAAAUGAACUACUACAACAGCCGUUUAGCCCUGUGGGAACCCUUAAUUGAACCAGUUGAAGUGUCCCACAGCAACAAACCCAAAUGGGUCCCUUGGGAACUCAAACUGGAAGUUUCGCGAAACGAACCGGAGGAAGUCACAACUCCGACCGAUCUCGAAUCGCUAGAUAGCGCUCCACAGCAAGCUGCGAUGUGUAUUGAUGUGUCCUCCGACCAUAGUAUUGAAAUUGUGGUCACUAAGACGUGUCUCGAAGUGUUGAAUAAUCUGGGCAAGGCGUUCGCAACUGCUAUGAAGCCGGGCGAAGUGAAGAUGCUUGAGACGAUGGCGCCGUUCAAAAUUGUGAACGAGUUGGGGUGUUCGGUUUGUGUUAAUUUGGAGAGGGGGUCGUUUGCACUGUUUGGGGGCGAAGAACUGGCGGAAGUUAUUUUGGAGAGUGGGGCUGAGGCACAAUUGCAGAAAAAACCAAUGGUGCUCAGUUCACCCUCAAGACUGGGCUUGCAAUUAACAACCGAUGCGCUUUCGGUUAAAAAUUACUUUGUCAAUGUGAAAGUCAUUGAUAAGAAUUGCAACAUUGAUUUGCCCGUGGUGAGGGCUGAUAAGCGGUUUUUCCCUUUGAAUUAUCGAGGGGACGGGAACGAUCACUGGGGGCUCAUUUCGGACGUUACAGUCGACGAAGGUGUGACUAUUAUUACGUUACGAAGCAUUUUAAAAGUUUACAACCAUUUUAAUAUCCCGAUUGAAGUUUAUUACAUGACGGUCAGAGGCAAUGAGCUUGAAUCAAUCACAACGAUUCAGCCCGAUUCACACGUUAAUAUUCCACUGAAAGCCGUCUAUACACCGACGAACGAAUUGUUCUUCAGUGUUGGGGGUUAUUCGGUUACUACAGCUCCAUACAUAUGGAAAGACUUACAAACCAACUUAACCAUCACUAAAACUUUGCAAUGUCAACCGAAGGAAGCCGAACUAGGGAACGACCCUUUCAUUAUUCAGGCAGUUGGCGAAAUGGAGCAGGUUUAUUACGAAAACACGUCAAGACAUACGAUGUCAAGCACUUGUUAUAACAUUCAUUUGAGACCGGCUGUAGUUUUCAAAAAUUGUCUACCGAUUGAUAUCAUUUGUUGCAUUGAAAACACAGUUUCUGAAAUACCGGUCGAGCCUGGAAAAACACUUUUGUUACCGAAUGUUGAACCUGGAAGAUCCGCUCUAGUGAUUAGGUUGCCUUCUUACUUGGAAAAGGAGUGGUCAUGCAGACAAGAACUGCACAAAGAUGCGCCCGAAUUUUCCGUUUGGAACUUUGCAAGUUACGAUAGUGCCGUCCAAAUGACUUUGGCCCUGGGUAUGCACGUGAUUAUCGAAAAAGGUUCAGUCGUCAUGGCCCUUUAUUGUCCCUUCUGGAUGUUGAACAAAACCGGCCUCAUGCUGGCAUAUCGAAAAUCUAAAAAAAGCGACAAGAGUGACUCGGGAGGAACGCCGAGCAAGAAUUCUGAAGAUUGCGUCAAUGUGCUGCACCACCCGGCCAAUUUCAAAGGUCCGAUUUUGUUUUCUUUCAACGCGAAGAAUUUCUUCGGGAAGAAGAAAGCAGCUGUUAGGGUCGAGCAAGGGGAUUGGUCGGAUAAAUUCUCGUUAGAUGUCGCAGGAUCCUCUGGAGUGGUUGUUUGCAAAUACCAGAAUUUGCUAUAUCAGAUUGGUGUACAAAAUCAACUGACUUACAAUGGUCUAACGAAACAAGUGACUUUCACACCGUAUUAUGUUAUUAUUAAUAAUGCGUCUUUCGCUAUUGAAUUUCAAGAAAAUGACAGGCCUGCUGAUCCAUGGAUUUGUGUUGAGCCAAAAUCCUGUUCGGCACUUUGGCCUAAAAGCGAAUUAGAUGACAAGUUGCUGAAAUUAAGGGUUAAAGGUACAGAAGAGGUUUCAGCAGCGUUUCUGUACACUGAGAGUCAUACUUCGCUACUGAAGCUGAAAAAUAGGUACGGUGGCAUCAACGUGGACAUCCAAAUUUCCGAAGGCGCCAUCUACAUAAACCUCGCCCCUUACGACGGCAAUACAGCCCCAGCUCUUAUCAUAAACCACACCAUCGAUACAAUGAACUUCUGGGAGAAAGAAUCAGUCCAAAUUCGAAAACUCCCCUCCAAACACAGCAUGUUAUACACGUGGGAGAACCCCUCAGGUCCCCGCAUCCUAGUAUGGGAAGGUGCGAACAAAAAGGAGCACAGUAACGAUCUCCGCAAAGACGACAUGGGCGAAUACACAAUAAGAGAAGGUUACCACAUUUAUUGGGUUUCAUUCCUCGACGGAAUGCAGCGAAUUCUACUCUUCACCCAAGACCAAUACGUGGCGCAAAACGCGCGAGCUGCGAAUUUAUUCGAACAGUUCCAGCAAGAAAUCACCGUUUCGAUACACGGUGUCGGCUUGUCGCUUGUCAAUAACAUAACGCGCCAAGAACUGAUGUACAUGGCGAUUGCAAGUUCGGGCAUAAUCUGGGAACAUUGCAAAAUGACCGGUCGGAGGUUCAAACCGUUCGGGAAUAAGGAGAGCUUGUUGUUGGAGACGGCCUAUCAGCGGUUUUUGGCCGAUAUUCAGGAAGGCAAUUCGCCGAAAGUUGCAAUCGAUGCUAAGACCGAAGUCGAUUUUAAAAACAACAUUAUGAUGAAACCGAACAAGAGACGCAUAAGGAGGACGUUCCAGACCGGGCUUUGGGUGCAGAUGCGGACCAGUCCGAGCCAGUUGCAAGUCCAUGCGAAAAUUAACCGACUGCAAAUCGAUAAUCAAAUGUAUGACUGCAUUUUCCCCGUGGUUUUGGCGCCGGUUCCGUUACCCAAAAGUGUGGCCAUUGACAGCGGCAUGAAGCCGUUCGCUGAGCUCAGUAUCGUUCAACUUUUGAUGAAAAACACCCAAGUCAAGCAGUUCAAGUAUUUCAAACUCCUGAUACAGGAGUUUCACGUUAAGGUCGAUCUGGGUUUCGUUAACGCCCUAGUGGAUAUGUUAGAAUCGUCCGAAUAUUCCGAAACGGAAGAACAACAACUGUUCUUGAAAGAUAUGAGUCUCGUUGACGAACCGCUCUAUUCGCACGUUUCGACGCAAUCGUUGCAAGAACAGAAGAGUUUCUACGACUUGCUUCACUUUUCGCCGCUCAAAAUCCAUGUCAGUUUUUCAAUGGCAGCGGGGACUUCAGCUGGGCAAAGCAGUUCGACGCCGAAUUUCCUCAACGUGUUACUGCAAGGUCUGGGAGUAACACUAACCGAUUUACAGGACGUUGUCUUCAGACUGGCGUACUUCGAACGCGAGUACACUUUCCUAACUCAGAAACAACUAAUGAGCGAAGCCACAAGUCACUACGUUGGCCAGUCGGUCAAACAGCUUUAUGUCCUAGUGUUGGGUUUGGAUGUUUUGGGGAAUCCCUACGGGCUGGUUCGGGGGAUUACCCAAGGUGUUGAAGAUUUGUUCUACGAACCGUUCCAAGGUGCGAUUCAAGGUCCGGGCGAGUUUGCUGAAGGGUUGGUGUUAGGUGUUCGGAGUUUGUUUGGGCAUACGGUGGGUGGCGCUGCUGGUGCUGUGUCACGAAUCACUGGAGCUAUGGGGAAAGGGAUUGCAGCCUUGACGUUUGAUAAGGAUUAUCAAAGGAAACGGCGGGAUCAGAUUAAUAAAAGACCGGCGACUGUGCAAGAGGGGAUUGCUCGAAGUGGCAAGGGAUUGGUUAUGGGUGUGGUCGAUGGUGUUACUGGUGUUUUCACCAAACCGAUCAGUGGUGCUAAGGAGGAAGGAGUUGGAGGCUUUUUCAAAGGAUUGGGGAAGGGAGCAGUGGGGCUCAUUGCACGGCCUACUGCCGGUGUUGUAGAUUUCGCAAGCGGGUCACUGGAUGCCGUUAAAAGGGUGACUGAGGUGGGCGAAGACGCAAACCGGUUACGCCCACCGCGGUUUUUACAAGGCGACGGUUUGGUUAGACCCUACAACAGGUACGAAGCUCAGGGACACAAACUGUUAACCGAUUUAGAAAAAGGCAAAUACGCAACGACUGACAUUUACGAUAGUCAUUAUGUUAUUGUUGAAAAUCGCGAAAUUUUGUUACUGACAGAUAAGCGAUUGGCGUUUAUUUCGCAUAAUGAUAUUUUCGGCGGCUGGCAAGUCGAGUGGUCUUAUACAUGGCAAGAAAUCAAGAAUCCGCCAAGUGUGGUGCCUAAAGGAGUUGCUAUUCCCACUUCUGAUAGGAGGAAGAAGUUGGGUUUGUUGGGGAAUAGUGAUAACGGGAAAAUUAUCCUAGUCGGAGACCCACAGAAAAAGGAGGAAAUAUGCGCGAAGAUUGAGUCGUUGAGAGGUCAUAUUUAAAUUGUUAGUUUUUAUUGUUUCACUAGUCAUACGGACUGCCUCAUCCUUUGAAGUCUUUUUUACUAAUCUUUAUGCAACGUAAUUUUAUUUGUGUAUGCAACAACUUGUGCUUAUUUACGCUUUUCGGCAUUGGUGAUGUACUGUUGGGAAAAUAAAAUGACGUUUUUAUCAAAAA